AUGGAGAUGCAAAGGUGGUCCACAAGGUGGAAAACGAAACGGUGGCUUUUGGAUUCCACUUUAACCACAUUCAUCACUUUUAUGUUCGUUCUGCAGACUGCCAAGGUCAGAGCAGCGGCCGAGCCAGUCGACGUGCUAAAAGUAUUAGAAUUUCAAAAUUCUCCCGAAGGGGUCAGGAAAACAUCAGGGUUUUGUGCAAACAGAAGAGCGUCACCACCAGACACAGCCUUCAGAGUUGGAAAGCAGGCCCAGCUCAGUGCCCCCACCAAGCAGCUGUUCCCAGGAGGAGUGUUCCCUGAAGAUUUCUCCAUCCUCACCACCAUCAGGCCCAAGGCUGGGAUCCAGUCCUUCCUGCUGUCCAUCUACAAUGAACAAGGCGUCCAGCAGCUGGGAGUGGAGGUGGGGAGAUCCCCAGUCUUCCUGUAUGAGGACCAGUACGGCAAGCCCGCCCCCGAGGAUUACCCUCUGUUCCGGACUCUUAACAUCGCAGAUGGAAAGUGGCAUCGUGUAGCUAUCAGCGUCCAUAAGAAAACUGUAACCAUCAUCGUUGACUGUAAGAAGAAAGUCACAAAACCACUCAGCAGAAGUGACCAUGCCGCCAUUAACACCAAUGGCAUCACCGUUUUCGGUACCAGAAUUCUAGAUGAAGAAGUCUUUGAGGGCGACAUCCAGCAGUUGCUGAUUGUGGCUGAUUCCAGAGCAGCUUAUGACUACUGUGAACACUACAGCCCAGACUGUGAAACUCCUCACCGCCACACACCCCAGGCCCAGCAACCUGAGGAUGAGUACACUACUGAUGACUUAGAAUACAGUGAAUUCUAUGAAUACAAUGAAGGAGAAUUAAGUGAAUUUGAGAACCCCCCAACAGAAGAGGCCUACGCUGAACCAGAGCUAAACAAUGUAGACGGAGAGUACUAUACUGACAGUGCACUUGACUACGGAACAGUAGAGGGUACUCAGACUCAGUCUCCGUAUGAAACAACCGGACCAAACGAGGCUGCAGAAGAGGAAAUUGUUGAUGGCUAUGUUACUGAAGUGGACCCAGUCGGUCCGGAGCCCACCAUCGCCCCGGAAACGGUGGAGACCCAGACCCAGGACAAAGUGGACCCGGGGACCGAUUCGUAUGACUUUAAGGAGUAUGACCUUAAGGAGUACGAUACCAAUGAGUUUGAUAAAAAGCAGUACGAGUAUGGGUUGUAUGACGAGUAUGGCACAAACGAGGCCAAGCCCACCUCUGCCACUUAUGAGGAUGAGUUUGGGCCAGGUGUCCCAGCGGAGACUGACAUUUCAGAGAGCGACGUUGGUGGUGGUACGGGCUAUUUUGGCGAGAAAGGGGAAAAAGGUGAACCAGCUGUCAUUGAACCCGGAAUGCUGAUUGAAGGACCCCCUGGACCAGCAGGCCCCGCUGGUCUUCCAGGCCCCCCAGGUCUACAAGGUCCCCCAGGCCCUCCCGGAGAUCCUGGUGACAGGGGUCCCGCGGGCCGUGCUGGCCUUCCAGGAGCAGACGGUUUGCCAGGUCCUCCGGGCACCAUGCUGAUGCUGCCAUUCCGCUUCGGUGGCGACGGCGAGAAGGGCCCGGUGGUGUCAGCCCAGGAGGCGCAGGCACAGGCCAUCCUAUCCCAGGCCAGGCUUGCAAUGCGAGGUCCUCCAGGUCCCAUGGGUCUGACAGGAAGAUCUGGGCCUGUGGGUCUUCCUGGUCCUUCUGGUCUUAAAGGUGACGGUGGCGAUCCAGGACCUCAGGGUCCCAGGGGUGUUCAAGGUCCUCCAGGUCAAGUCGGAAAACCUGGAAAACGGGGUCGAGCAGGAGCUGACGGAGCCAGGGGAAUGCCAGGUGAAUCGGGAGCCAAGGGUGACAGAGGCUUUGAUGGACUUCCUGGUCUUCCUGGCGAGAAGGGCCACAGAGGAGAAACUGGUCCAGCAGGGCCACCUGGAGCACCUGGCGAGGAUGGCCAGAGAGGAGAGGACGGAGAGAUCGGGCCAAGGGGACUUCCUGGAGAGAGCGGUCCAAGAGGGUUGCUGGGUCCUAGAGGACCUCCCGGUCCACCUGGACAGCCUGGUGUUGCUGGUGUUGAUGGCCCUCCUGGUCCAAAAGGGAACAUGGGACCUCAAGGAGAACCUGGGCCUCCAGGCCAGCAGGGAAUCCCGGGCACUCAGGGUCUUCCUGGUCCCCAAGGCCCUAUCGGUCCACCUGGUGAAAAAGGACCCCAAGGGCGAACGGGACUGGCUGGGCUUCCUGGCUCCGAUGGUCCUCCUGGCCAUCCUGGGAAAGAGGGCCCUCCUGGAGAGAAGGGAGCCUUAGGUCAAACAGGUCCUCAGGGGCCCAUUGGAUAUCCAGGCCCCCGCGGAGUGAAGGGUGCCGAUGGUGUCCGGGGCCUCAAGGGUGGUAAAGGAGAGAAGGGUGAGGACGGUUUCCCCGGGUUCAAGGGUGACAUGGGUCUCAAAGGCGACAGGGGUGAGUCUGGCGUUAUCGGGCCGAGAGGAGAAGAUGGGCCCGAGGGCCCGAAGGGCCGAGCAGGCCCCAACGGCGAGUCUGGACCCAUGGGACCUGCUGGAGAGAAGGGAAAACUGGGGGUUCCAGGGUUACCCGGCUACCCAGGCAGACAAGGACCUAAGGGUUCGACUGGUUUCCCUGGAUUCCCAGGAGCCAACGGGGAGAAAGGAGCCAGGGGUGUGGCAGGCAAACCCGGUCCAAGGGGGCAAAGAGGUCCAACGGGUCCACGUGGCGCUCGGGGUGCAAGAGGUCCAACUGGAAAACCAGGGCCAAAGGGCACUGCGGGCAAUGACGGUCCUCCCGGCCCGCCUGGUGAAAGAGGACCUCAAGGACCCCAGGGCCCAGUUGGGUUCCCAGGACCGAAAGGCCCCCCUGGACCACCUGGAAAGGAUGGGUUGCCAGGUCACCCGGGACAGCGCGGAGAAACCGGUUUCCAAGGAAAGACAGGUCCUCCAGGUCCAGGGGGUGUCGUCGGCCCGCAGGGACCAACUGGAGAAACCGGUCCUAUUGGAGAGAGAGGCCACCCUGGGCCACCUGGACCCCCUGGAGAGCAGGGACUUCCUGGAGCUGCUGGGAAAGAAGGUGCUAAGGGAGACCCAGGGCCACAGGGGACCCCCGGAAAAGACGGCCCUCCUGGUCUGAGAGGAUUCCCCGGAGAGAGAGGUCUUCCUGGAGCCCCGGGUCCAGCUGGUUUGAAGGGAGGAGAGGGUCCGCAGGGUCCCCCCGGCCCGGUGGGCUCUCCAGGGGAGAGAGGUGCGGCCGGACCAGCAGGACCCAUUGGCCUCUCUGGCCGUACAGGCCCCCAGGGACCCCCAGGACCAGCUGGUGAGAAGGGAGCCCCGGGUGAGAAAGGUCCACAAGGACCGGCGGGCCGAGAUGGAGUCCAAGGCCCGGUUGGGCUUCCCGGGCCAGCAGGACCACAGGGUCCACCCGGAGAGGACGGUGACAAGGGAGAAGUUGGUGAACCAGGUCAGAAGGGAAGCAAAGCAGACAAGGGUGAACAGGGUCCGCCUGGUCCAGCCGGUCUGCAGGGUCCCAUCGGAGCUCCUGGUCCAGCUGGUGCCGACGGAGAACCCGGUCCCAGAGGUCAGCAGGGGAUGUUCGGACAGAAGGGAGAUGAAGGGCCUCGAGGAUUCCCUGGCCCCCCGGGACCAAUUGGACUGCAGGGACUUCCUGGGCCUCCAGGCGAGAAGGGUGAGAACGGAGACGUUGGUCCAAUGGGUCCACCUGGUCCACCCGGCCCAAGAGGACCUCAGGGUCCCAGUGGUGCUGAUGGUGCCCAAGGUCCUCCUGGUGGAGUGGGUGCAAUGGGAGCUGUCGGAGAGAAGGGUGAGAAUGGUGAAGCUGGCAACCCUGGACCCCCAGGAGAGCCCGGAACUGGAGGCCCUAAAGGUGAGAGAGGAGAAAAGGGAGAGGCUGGGCCACCUGGUGCUGCUGGACCCCCUGGUGCCAAGGGACCCCCAGGAGAUGAUGGCCCCAAGGGGAACCCUGGUCCUGUCGGAUUCCCAGGAGAUCCUGGACCUCCCGGUGAGCCUGGUGUUGCUGGAACUGAUGGUUCCUCAGGAGAGAAGGGAGAAGAUGGUGAAGCUGGUCAGCCUGGUCCUCCUGGUCCAUCUGGAGAAGCCGGCCCACCAGGCCCCCCUGGCAAGAGAGGUCCUCCAGGAGCAGCAGGAGCCGAGGGCAGGCAAGGAGAGAAGGGAGCAAAGGGCGAAGCUGGAUCUGAAGGGCCGCCAGGCAAAACCGGGCCCGUCGGCCCCCAGGGCCCCUCUGGAAAGCCCGGUCCAGAGGGUCUCCGCGGAAUCCCUGGCCCUGUCGGUGAACAAGGACUUCCUGGCUCCCCUGGGCAAGACGGACCCCCUGGACCUAUGGGCCCCCCUGGUCUUCCUGGCUUGAAGGGCGACCCUGGCGCCAAGGGUGAAAAGGGUCACCCAGGUCUCAUUGGUUUGAUUGGUCCACCUGGUGAACAGGGUGAGAAAGGAGACAGAGGCUUGCCCGGCCCACAAGGUGCUCCUGGCAGCAAGGGUGACAGUGGUAUUACCGGUGCAGCAGGCCCUCUUGGUCCUCCAGGUCCUCCUGGUCUACCCGGUCCACAAGGUCCAAAGGGUGCCAAGGGUUCAUCUGGUCCCGUUGGCCAGAAGGGAGACACAGGAAUGAUCGGACCACCCGGUCCACCCGGCCCGCCCGGUGAGGUCAUCCAGCCACUGCCCAUCCAAUCACCAAAGAAGACUCGGAGGUCAGCUGACUUCCAGGACGACGAAGCUGGGAACAUGAUGGACUAUGGCGAGGGCAUGGAGGACAUCUUUGGAUCACUCAACAGCCUCAAGCAGGAUAUUGAGCGUAUGAAGUACCCCAUGGGUACACAGACCAACCCGGCCAGAACAUGCAAAGACCUGCAGCUCUGCCAUCCUGAAUUCCCUGACGGUGAAUACUGGAUUGAUCCAAACCAGGGUUGCUCAGGAGAUUCCUUCAAAGUAUACUGUAACUUCACAUCAGGAGGCGAGACCUGCAUCUACCCUGACAAGAAGUCAACUGGGGUCCGAAUAUCCUCCUGGCCUAAGGAGACUCCUGGAUCGUGGUUCAGCGAAUUUAAGCGUGGUAAAAUACUGUCAUAUGUGGAUGCUGAAGGCAACACAAUAAACAUGGUUCAAAUGACAUUCCUGAAACUACUGAGUGCUUCAGCCAGACAGAACUUUACCUACAACUGCCACCAAUCUGUGGCCUGGCAUGACGCUACAACUGACAGCUACGACAAGGCCUUGAGGUUCCUGGGCUCCAACGAUGAGGAGAUGUCAUACGACAACAACCCCUACAUCAAAGCCCUCUCGGAUGAGUGUGCGUUGAGGAAGGGCUAUGGAAAGACUGUGAUGGAGAUCGACACCCCGAAAAUCGAUCAGGUGCCAAUCAUCGACGUCAUGUUGAAUGACUUUGGGGAUCCAAACCAGAAGUUUGGUUUCGAAGUCGGCCCUGUCUGCUUCCUGGGUUAG